AAGCGCACGGACGAUGAUGUGGGUGCACUCAUGUGCUGCUGGUGGCGCUGCGAGUGGCAAUGUUGUGGUGCGGCGCAUUGAUGUCGAGCCGCUCGCUGCGGCCAUCAGCAAGCUGGUCUUGGAGGUAGCGACAGCAGCAUGCCACCCUACAACACUGUCUUUGCCCAGCACACUGGAGACGUGCGUGGCUGUUGCAGUGUGCAUGGACAACGGCGUGGAGUUGGUGGCGAGCGAGGUGGCAGUGAUUGAGGCUGGACUGACGCUUGUGCCAGUCGCACCCGACUGCACGCUGGAGGAAGCUCGCCAUCGCAUCAUCAACACUGUUCCUGUGGUCGCGGCCCUCGCUGAUCUACAAGGCGCCACAUCCGCACUGGCUGCGCUGUGCCAAGAGCACGGUAUCCCGAUCCUUCUUGUGGAAGAACAGUGCUCACGCGAUACUGCUGCUGCUGCUAAGGACAGCGAAAAACAACGUGGCUGCACGUGGUCUCUCUCCCUCCAGCAGCCGCCAUCUGCCGCAACACACGUGCACGUUUGCACACAAAUAGCCACGAUGCAUGAUCACGAUGACAGUGGAAUCAGCACCAGCACCAGCACAUCACGUGGUGGGUGUGCUCAUGGCCUGCAGAGGUUGGACAAUCACGCGGUAAACGACGACGACAACGAUGACGACGACGACGACAACCACCACCACCACCACCACCACCACCACCACCACGACGGCGACGACGAAGCUGAUGUUAACCACGUGAGCCAUAUCUUCUUCACUUCCGGGAGUACGGGUUUGCCGAAAGCCUGCGCAGUGACACGCCGCACAUUGCUCGAGGCUGUACAUAACCAGCGCACGACAUUCAACAUCAGCGCCAACUCUGCUGUGUUCCUCGGCUCCACCAUCACCUUCGACCCAUCGCUCUGUGACAUUUUCAUGGCCCGCGCAGCCGACGCUACUGUCGCCGUGGCCCCGCGGCACCUCAUGCUCACGUCGCUGCCGGAGUGCCUGCAGGCAACGCGUGCCACACACAUCUGCACCACGCCAACCCUGCUGCAGUCCUACCCACGCGCGGCACUGUGUCCUGCAACGCUGCCAGCACUGCGCACAGUCGCGCUUGGUGGGGAGCCAAUGGCGCCGCUGACGGCUGCGACGUGGGGCACGGCGCCAGCACAACACCGAUGUCGGCUCUUCAACGUGUACGGCGUCACGGAGUGCUGCGGGUACCAGUCUGCGCUUGAGAUUGAAAACCCUGCCUCAGGUGCUAUUGCGCAGCAGGCCCCGGGUGAAAAGCAGCAGCAGCCACACCAACCGCACCAAUCGCUGCCCGUGCACCGGUGUGUUGGAGGCGCGAUGGGUACAGCACGGCUGCUGCUGGUCAAGAACCACAAGCACGUCAGCGCCAAGAUCACAGCGUUGCUUAACGGUGAUGAUGGUAGCGGCAGCAGUCGUGGUCGUGGCGAUGAAGGAUGUCGUGGAGGUGAGGACGGUUACAGCGGAGAUGAGAGUGAUGGCAAUGCGUGUAGCAGCAACAAUGGUCAUUCUGACGCUGUUCCAGCAGCACAGCGGCGCUGGCCCGUGCUGGCAAAGGAGUACGUUGAGGUGGUGUCGCCGUCAACACGUCAUGCUGCAACUGGAGAAUCGCACCAAUCGCUGCCCGUGCACCGGUGUGUUGGAGGCGCGAUGGGUACAGCACGGCUGCUGCUGGUCAAGAACCACAAGCACGUCAGCGCCAAGAUCACAGCGUUGCUUAACGGUGAUGAUGGUAGCGGCAGCAGUCGUGGUCGUGGCGAUGAAGGAUGUCGUGGAGGUGAGGACGGUUACAGCGGAGAUGAGAGUGAUGGCAAUGCGUGUAGCAGCAACAAUGGUCAUUCUGACGCUGUUCCAGCAGCACAGCGGCGCUGGCCCGUGCUGGCAAAGGAGUACGUUGAGGUGGUGUCGCCGUCAACACGUCAUGCUGCAACUGGAGAAGUAUGGGUUGUUGGAGGACAAAUGGGUCUUGGAUACAUCGCAGCAGCAGCAGCAGCAGCAGCAGCAGCAACAACAACAACAACAACAACAACAACAUCAUCACUAUCAGCCACGCCAGGUACAGCGUUGAAGGGCCCUGCUCGCUUGUUACUGAAACCGCACGCGUCGUUCGUGUAUGUGCGUGGGGUUGGCGCCGCCUACAGAACAGGCGACAUUGCACGCACGUGUUCCAGCGACGACCAAGACAAUGACGGUGACGAAGACCAGCAUGGUGGUGGAAGACGUCUGGUGGACGGGAGGGCGAAUGGCACCAUCACCAACAGCAGCAGCAGUACCAGCACCACCAGCAGCAACAACAAUAACCACGACAACCACAGCAGCAAAGAUGCAUCCGCCAGCAGCAGCAGCACCACCACCGCUGCCAGUGAGUGUGGGCGACUGCAGCUACUUGGCCGGGUGGACUGGCAGGUGAAGUUGCUUGGGCGACGUGUGGACCUGUGCGGGCUUGAAUCGCAAUACAAACAGCAUUUGGCGCCAGCAGUGGAUGCCGUGGCAAUCACUGCCGCCAACCAGUGGCUGUUGUGCUGGGUCACACCAGCAAACGAGCACCACGUGGAUACACAUGUGUCCACGUGCCGGACUGACGGCGGUGGCGAUGGGGUGGACACGUGCCCCCACGGCCUCCCGACAGCACCGCAACCCCGUCCUGGCGGCAACACAAUGGCACUGCAUGCAGGGCACGGCGGCACAGCGCAAUCGUGUCGAAGGUGUGAGCUGCUGCGGUCAGCGUGUCUGUUUGUGUUGCGAGCACACAUGCCCUCGUACCUUGUUCCCAGAACGAUGACGUGCAUUCGCACGUUUCCGACCACCUCAUCAGGCAAGCUUGCACGCAAGCAUCUCUGGCGUGCGCAAUCCCGUCUUUACCCGGCGCUGUCACCAUCACCAUCCUCCACAUCAUCAUCAUCAUCAUCAUCUCGACCUGAUCAGGCUUGCAUGACAUCGGCUGCUGGUGUGGAUACGCGGCUGGACACACCUCUGCAACAGCUGAUUGCGGAUGUGCUGAGUCAGCAUUUACCUGUGCCGAUGCAAUCACCGCACGACACAUUCGCACAGCUCGGGGGCGAUUCCCUGCGCGCCGUUCGCGCCGUGCACGCGCUGCUGGCAGAGAUCAACACCAGGCACCACAGCAACGGCAGUACCAGCACCACCACCACCACCAGCAGCAGCAGCAACAACAGCACGAGCGAUGGGGGUGGUAUUGGUACGUUUGCUGAACGCGCUGCCAUUGCACCCGCUGUUGUGCUGACAUCAACGAUUGUGGAGCUGGAGCAAGCCGUGAUUGCCGCAUUCCCAGAUAUGGCUCCACUCAACGACUGCAAUGACGAUGACGAUGCUGAUGGUGGUGUUGAUGGCGUGCAGGCGCACAGGGAUUCGAGCGGAACAGGCAGCACAAACGGCAGCAGACACCACCCCACCCCCAUGACCACUUCACUCAAUGGUGCGCGGGAGCGUGAGACGCGGCGGCUGCUUGCUUGGGCUGCAGAGAGCAACGACACGGCCGUGAUGCAGCUGCUGAUACGUGCUGCGCAUGGUGGCGCGACGCCUCUCAUGCGCCGCAGGUGUUUGGCUGUCGCCUAUGCCGUUGCUUGCAGGCACGGGAGCGAUGGCGUGGUGCGCCUCCUCAACCCGCACGUGAGGUUGGCAGAUGUGUGUGAGCACGGAUGUACCCCGUUCACGAGCGGCCAUACCACCAGCGCCAGCACAGCGAGUGGUACAGCCAGUGACAUGAGCGCUGGCGACAGCACGAGUAACGGCAGCAUGAUGGCAAAUGGUGCUGGCACGGACAGGCCAACACAGCAGCGCCCACUGCACCUGGCGUGCGGGUCGGGGAGUGAAGCAACAGUGCGGGCAGUGCUGUGCCAUCCCGACACGCGCGGCGGCGAUGAUGCUGUGCGCAGGGACGGAGAUGGGAUGACUGCGGUGCACCAUGCAGCGAGGGGUGGGGCAGGCACGCGGCUGCUGCAGCUGCUGCUGUCACAAGAGAUGAGCAAGAAGGGCAAGGCGACAAGGCAAGCAGCGGCAUCGCGCAACAAAGGCAGCAAGGCUACCAAAGGCGCACACCAGAAGCGCAGUGGUGGCACGUGCACUGUCGGGGACGUGUGUCUGCACAUGCGAGACGCGUGGGGACGAACACCGCUGCACUGGGCGGUCGUGAACGGCCACCGCACGGCCGUGUGUGCACUGCUGGACCAUGGGGCCGAUGCAACAGCGCGCGACGCAGCUGACGAAACGCCACUCAUGAUUGCAGAGCGCCGGGCGCAGUGCAGGGCAGCGGACCGCGGUGGCCUCCGCCCAUCUGUCUUUGGCGACAUUGCCACCCUGCUUGGCGGCUCGGGCAAGACUGUCAAGCUUGCAAGCACCUGAGCUUGUGUGUGUGUGUGUGUGUGUGUGUGUGUGUGUGUGUGUGUGUGUGUGUGUGUGUGUGAAUGCCGGGUACACUCGCCCACUUCUGCCCUGACUAAACGGUCUGUUUAUUGUAUUCGAUCACAAAAGUAGUA